GAGAGAUAAACUCCCUGCUCUUCUCUUUCUUCUGCACACUCUUCACUGACCUCUCUCUCUCUGUACUACCUUGUCAGUCUCUCUCUCUCUCUCUCUCUCUCCACAUGCUCUCCUCCAUUAUUAUGAACCUUUUCUCUUCCUUUUAGAAACCUGAACUCGUAUUCUUGGUUUCUUGAACUGUAAUGGGGUGUGCACAGUCUAAGGUGGAUAAUGAAGAACCGGUUUCAAGAUGCAAAGAGCGGAAAAUCUUGAUGAAAGAAGCAGUCACGGCAAGAAAUGCUUUUGCUGCUGGUCAUUCAGGAUAUACUAUUUCCUUAAAGAAUACCGGUGCGUCUUUGAGUGAUUAUGGCCAUGGAGAAGCUGAUCAAGAAUCCCAGUUUCAACAGCCUUCUACCCUUGACUCUACAUCUCAACCGCAGCCUCCACCGCCUCCGCCGUCUAUGGACAAUUUUCCUCCGCCUCCGCCGCUGCCUGACUUCUCUCCCAGUCCGAUUAAAAGGACUCUGAGCAUGCCUGAGAUUGUGAUGAAAAGGAAGGAGAUGGGUGACUCUGUUGCGAUCGAGGAGGUGGUGGAGGAGGAGGAUGAGGAGGAGGAGGAGGAAGAGGAGGGGGAGGAGUUGCGGAAUAGGAAUCUUAGUAGAAAGACCAAGAAUUAUGACAAUAUCGAAAAGGUUACGCAGCGGGGCCCGCAAAGUAGUGGGAAUGUGGGACCGGGGGAGGAGGAUACUCGGCCGAGGACUCCACCAAGGACGGUGGAGAGUCAUUCCUCGGUGGUGCCUCCGAUGCCGGAGGCGAAGAACAUGGCUUGGGAUUAUUUCUUUAUGAUGGAUAAUGUGCCGGAUUCAUCCUUGGAACCAGAGGAGGAUGCGAGUAGGAACAGGGGUAAUUUUGGAAAUGUUGAGAAUGUGGGUGUUGGGUUCGGCGGGGUUGGGGGUUUGAGGGGUGGGGUUGAUGGUAGUGGUAAUGAGAUUGAUGGGGUUGAGCCAAAGACGCCGGAGAAGGCGGAGGAGAAUAUGGAGCCUGUGUUGAAAGAGGAGGAGAAGGGUGGGGAGAAGAAGGAAAGGAAGCAGAUUGAGCAUUCGAAAACAGCACCACCGGAUUUCAGGGUGGUGGGAAGGAAAGUUCCUAGUGUGAAUUUGAUGCAGGUUUUGAAUGAAAUUGAUGAUCAUUUCUUAAAAUCAUCAGAAAGUGCACAGGAUGUUUGUAAGAUGCUCGAGGCCACCCGCUUGCAUUACCAUUCUAAUUUUGCCGAUAAUCGAGGACAUAUUGAUCAUUCCGCUAGGGUUAUGCGUGUUAUCACUUGGAAUAGGUCAUUCAAAGGUGUACCUAGUGCUGAAGGUGGAGAGGAUGAACUUGAUUCUGAAGAUUAUGAAACCCAUGCUACUGUUUUGGAUAAGUUACUAGCAUGGGAAAAGAAACUUUAUGAUGAAGUAAAGCAAGGGGAGCUUAUGAAGCUUGAGUACAAGAGGAAGGUUGCUUUGCUAAAUAAGCAGAAGAAACGUGGUGCUAGCGCUGAAUCCCUGGAGAAAACAAAAGCAGCUGUGAGUCAUCUUCAUACAAGAUAUAUAGUUGACAUGCAAUCCAUGGACUCAACCGUUUCAGAAGUGAAUCAGAUACGUGAUCAGCAGUUGUAUCCAAAACUCGUUGAUCUUGUUGAUGGGAUGGCGAAAAUGUGGGCAAGUAUGUGUAUGCAUCAUGACAGCCAAUUGAAGAUUGUCACAAACCUUAAAUCCCUUGAUGUCAACCAUGCAAUCAAGGAAACAACCAAACACCAUCAUGAGCGCACAAUCCAACUUUUGAAAGUUGUCCAAGGAUGGCUUUCACAUUUUGAAAAGCUUGUGACCCAUCAGAAACAAUACAUUCACACUCUUACUAGCUGGUUAAAGCUAAAUCUGAUCCCCAUUGAAAGCAGCUUAAAAGAGAAAAUAUCAUCUCCACCAAGAGCCCAGAAUCCCCCUAUCCAAGCCCUUCUCCAUUCAUGGCAUGACUAUUUAGAAAAGCUUCCAGACGAGCUUGCCAAAUCUGCUAUCUCAUCAUUUGCAGCUGUGGUAGAAACCAUAGUACAUCAUCAGGAAGAAGAGAUGAAGCUAAAGGAAAAGUGCGAGGAAACCAGGAGGGAGUUUAUGCGCAAAAACCAGGCAUUUGAGGAAUGGUACCAAAAAUACAUGCAGCGGAGAACCCCUACCGAUGAAACAGAUGCUGAUAGAGGGGAAGAUGCAAACCCCAAUCCUGUUUCUGAGAGGCAAUUUGUAGUGGAGAGUUUGAAGAAGAGGCUGGAAGAGGAAAUAGAAGCUCACGGGAAACAUUGCCUUCAGGUAAGAGAGAAAUCAGUUGGAAGUCUUAAAAUUCGCUUGCCUGAGCUAUUCCGUGCCAUGUCAGACUAUGCUCAUGCCUGUUCUGAUGCUUAUGAGAAACUAAGGUCCAUCACACAGUUGCAGAAAUCAGAUCGUAAUCGUGCAUAAUAAAGUAAGUACUGCUUAAGUUAAUCCUAGCCAGAUGUUGCACAAAUGUACCUUUUCUCCGAGACAGUCAGGUCUUGUUGCGAUUGGCUAAUGUUAUUUUUGCUGUUUUGUGAAAAAAAAAUUGGUUUUAUAUUCCUCCAAAUGCAUCUAUGCACCUAGGGAAGGGGUGAUUCUGUAGAAGAACACAAGUUAUUUCAUGUUUAAUAGUCGCUAAUGGUUACAAA